AUGACGACCGAACCGUCAGAAAAGGCAGAGGCCUCCUCCUCGCAACCCUCGAGCCGCGCUGGCUCUGCCGACGAGCGCGAUUCCGCCAGAAAGCAGGCAACCGAAGGCCAAGACCCCGCCGCUCUCUCGAAGCUGGACUCCAAGGUCGUCAACAUUCCUGCGUCCAAGGAUGAGGAGGAUCUUUACGCCCAUCUUCCCCCGGCCGAGGCCCUGAUUCUGAAGCGGCAGGUCGAGACCCCCGUGGUCAAGAGCGGCUGGAAAGCAUUAUACCGAUACGCAACCGUGAACGACUACCUGAUCAUUGCGGUCAGCUCCGUAUGCGCCAUUGCCGCCGGUGCUGCCCUGCCCUUGAUGACAGUGGUUUUUGGUAAUUUGGCAGGAGAAUUCAAUAACUUCUUCGCGGGCGUGAUCACUCGCUCUGAGUUCAACCAUACCAUUGCGCAUAUGGUCCUGUAUUUCGUCUACAUUGGCAUCGCGGAGUUCGUCACCAUCUAUAUCUCGACUGUUGGGUUUAUCUAUACCGGUGAAAAUAUCAGUGGCAAGAUCAGAGCCCAUUAUCUCCAGGCGUGUAUGAGACAGAAUAUUGGAUUUUUCGACAAUCUUGGCUCUGGAGAGAUCACCACGAGAAUCACGGCCGAUACAAAUCUGGUACAAGAUGGUAUCUCCGAGAAGGUCGCCUUGACCAUGAACGCCACUGCCACUUUUAUCACCGCUUUCGUUAUCGGAUUCAUCAAGUCAUGGAAGUUGACCUUGAUUUUGAUCUCCACCGUCGCCGCAAUUACAGCCAUUAUGGGCGGUGGCUCAACUUUCAUCGUCAAAUACAGCAAGCAAUCCCUGGAGUCCUACGCUCUUGGUGGUUCUAUUGCAGAAGAGGUCAUCUCGUCCAUCCGAAAUGCCGUGGCUUUUGGCACCCAGGAUAAGCUGGCACGCCAGUAUGACGCCCAUCUCGCUGCAGCUGAAAAAUUUGGCUACAAGGUUAAGUUUGCGCUGGCAAUUAUGGUUGGCGGCAUGUUCAUGACCAUUUAUCUCAACUAUGGUCUCGCAUUUUGGAUGGGUAGCAGAUUCCUAGUCAAAGGAGAAAUUGGGCUAAGCGACAUUCUUACCAUCCUGCUGUCUAUCAUGAUUGGAGCCUUUGCGCUUGGAAACGUCGCUCCUAAUGCACAGGCAUUUACGACCGCUAUCUCGGCCGCCGUCAAGAUCUUCAACACCAUCGAUCGAGUAUCUCCUCUAGAUCCCACGUCGGACUCGGGGGAAAUUCUUGAGAACGUGGAAGGGACUAUUGAGCUUCGAAACAUCAAGCAUAUCUACCCAUCUAGACCCGAGGUUACAGUUAUGGAAGAUGUAAGCUUGGUGAUUCCAGCCGGCAAGAACACGGCUCUUGUCGGUGCCUCCGGUUCUGGAAAAAGUACAAUUGUUGGCCUAGUUGAGAGGUUUUAUGAUCCUGUCGGCGGCAAUGUUUAUCUGGACGGGCAUGACGUGAGCACCUUAAACCUCCGAUGGUUGCGACAGCAGAUUUCCUUGGUCAGCCAAGAACCCACCCUGUUCGGUACCACCAUCUACCAUAAUAUUCGCCAUGGCCUCAUUGGGACAAAGUUCGAACAGGAGAAGGAGGACAAGUUGAGAGAACUUGUCAUCGAAGCUUCUAAGAAGGCCAACGCCCAUGACUUCAUCACGGCACUGCCUGAAGGCUACGAGACCAAUGUUGGAGAACGCGGGUUCCUCUUAUCUGGAGGUCAGAAACAGCGUAUAGCCAUUGCUAGAGCUAUAGUUAGCGAUCCUAAGAUACUGUUGCUCGAUGAGGCAACAUCUGCGCUUGACACCAAGUCCGAAGGUGUUGUUCAAGCUGCCCUUGAAGUUGCUUCUGCAGGAAGAACCACCAUCUCUAUUGCACAUCGCCUUUCGACAAUUAAGGACGCUGAUAAUAUCGUUGUCAUGAACGAAGGCCGUAUCGUGGAGCAAGGCACCCAUAACGAACUGUUAGCGGCACGCGGUCCAUACUACUCCCUGAUCGAGGCUCAAAAGAUUGCGGAAACGAAUGACUUGACCCCGGAGGAGCAAGAGAUUUUGGAUGCCAAGGAUGAGCAGCUUACACGAGAACAAUCCAACCGAAGUGGCCAAGGUUAUAUCCAAGAUCCGGACGACAAGAAUAUCGCAAAUAAGUUGAAACGCACACAAUCCGAGAAAUCUCAAUCAUCGCUUGCGCUACAGAACCGGAAAGCAGGCGUGGAACAGCGAGACUCGCUCUGGACAUUAAUUCGACUCAUUGCAUCCUUUAACACGACCGAAUGGCAUUUGAUGCUUGUGGGGCUGUUCUUUUCAGUUAUCUGUGGAGGAGGCAAUCCCACUCAAGCUGUCUUCUUCGCCAAGGAGAUUAUAUCUCUUUCCACCCCUCUAGUUAACCCCUUCACCAAAGAGGAGAUCCCGGGUGCUAAGGCCCACCUACGUUCUGAAGUAAAUUUCUGGUCCCUCAUGUACCUUAUGUUGGCGUUUGUUCAGUUUAUCGCCUUUUGUGGACAGGGUGUUGCCUUUGCAUUCUGUUCCGAGAGGCUAAUCCAUCGAGUGCGGAACCUGGCAUUUAGAACUAUGCUUCGACAAGAUAUCGAGUUCUUUGAUAAGGAGGAAAACACCGCAGGGGCACUGACCUCCUUCCUUAGCACUCAAACAACCCACGUAGCCGGUUUAUCAGGCGUCACUCUGGGCACGCUCCUGACAGUUAUCACAACUCUUAUCGCCGCUAUCGCCGUCAGUACCGCCAUCGCCUGGAAACUGGCAUUGGUGUGUACUGCAACCAUUCCCGUCCUGCUUAGCUGCGGUUUCCUCAGGUUUUGGCUGUUGGCUAAGUUCCAAGAAAGAGCAAAGAAGGCAUAUGAGAAAAGUGCCAGUUUUGCUUGUGAGGCAACAAGUGCCAUCCGCACUGUUGCUUCCUUGACGAGGGAACAGGAUGUCCUUCGGCAGUACCAGGACUCCCUAGACGCCCAAAGUAAGAGAAGUCUGAAAUCGGUCUUGAAAACGUCGCUUCUGUAUGCCGCGUCGCAAUCUCUGAUGUUCCUUUGCGUGGCUCUUGGCUUCUGGUAUGGCGGUAACCGCAUCGCUGAUAGAGAGUAUACGCUCUUCCAAUUCUUCGUCUGCUUUUCAGCUGUCAUCUUCGGUGCUCAAUCUGCUGGCACCAUCUUUUCUUUCGCACCGGACAUGAGCAAGGCCAAGCAAGCGGCGCAAGAGCUCAAGAUCCUUUUCGACCGCAAGCCAAAUAUGGAUACUUGGUCCACUGACGGAGCUCCUCUCGAGUCAGUUGAAGGAAAUAUCGAGUUCCGAGACGUACACUUCCGAUACCCGACACGUCCAGAACAGCCGGUGCUUAGAGGGCUCAACCUCUCUGUUGCUCCCGGCCAAUACAUUGCCCUCGUUGGCGCUUCUGGCUGCGGAAAAUCUACCACUAUUGCGCUCCUCGAAAGAUUCUAUGACCCACUCGUUGGCGGUAUUUAUAUCGACGGCAAGGAAAUCUCAAGUCUAAACAUCAACGAUUACCGCUCUUUCAUCGCCCUGGUAUCUCAGGAGCCAACUCUCUACCAAGGCACGGUCCGCGACAACGUCCUCCUAGGAGCCGAUCGUAAGGAUGUGCCGGACUCGGAAAUCGAAUUCGCAUGCCGAGAAGCCAACAUCUACGACUUCAUCAUGUCUCUCCCCGAUGGCUUCAAUACCGUGGUCGGUUCCAAAGGCUCUAUGCUUUCAGGUGGCCAAAAGCAACGGAUAGCCAUCGCCCGUGCUCUCCUCCGCGACCCCAAGGUCUUGCUCCUCGACGAAGCCACCUCUGCUUUGGACUCGGAAUCAGAACAUGUUGUCCAGGCUGCUCUAGAUAAGGCCGCCAAGGGCCGGACGACCAUCGCUGUUGCGCAUCGUCUGAGCACCAUCCAGAAGGCGGAUAUUAUCUACGUCUUCGACCAGGGCAGGAUUGUUGAGCAUGGUACGCAUCACGAUCUGAUGGCCAAAGCUGGGCGGUAUUCCGAGCUGGUGAAUCUACAAAGUUUGGGAAAGAAUUAA